AUGGUGCAUGAGCAUAAUAUGCCACUUUCAAAUCUUCCAGUGAAAAGUAUGAAACAUAAUCUAAGAGAAAAACAGGCUGCCAAGAAAAAUACCAAACAAAGAUUUUUGACAAAGGCAGAAAAAAAAACCCGUACUGUGGCAUCUAACAUGGGAUACUUGGCAGAUAAGGACAUAACCCACAGAAUGCAGGGACACGGCGGAUCUUCUAAUUUUCAUGGACAACAUAUUCGAUUCGUCAAUGGAAAUAAUGUUAAGAGGACGCAUCGAAAAAGUGGCUCCAGGCUAUCGCCGUACUGA